UAAUAAAGCUGCUAUUUCCUUAUACAAUAUAAUACGUAUAAUUUUUCUUUCAAAACAACUCAUCAGCCAAAUUCUUUAAAUGGGAUGUUUGUCAUAUCAAUCAUAUGUAUCAAUGUUCAAGGCCAAGGCUAAGUAGUCCAAUGAGCAAAUGAUAGGAUGUCUCUGACUUGAAAAAUCUUUGAUAGGAUAUCAUUGACCUGAGAAAUCUUUGACCCAGGAAGGUCAUCGUCGUCAUUGCAGGAAAUUUGAUGCAUCAUCGAUAGAGCAUCGCCGCGGGUUAGUUUGUAUAAAACCUGCGUCUAGGAUCACAUACCAUUAUGGCUCAGUUUGUCAAAAUUGUUAAAACUCUUUACGGAAAAACCGACGAUGAACAAGAGGUGUAUAAAUUCACAAUCGAAAGUAAAAAUGGUCUCGUUCUGGAGUUAAUCAAUUAUGGUGCUAUUGUCGUAGCAAUCAAGUGUCCAGACAAAUAUGGUAAAAUUGAUGACAUCACGUUGGGAUUUGAUGAUUUGAAAGGCUACCUUCAUCAAAAUAACCAUUAUUUUGGUGUAACUGUUGGUCGAGUUGCCAAUAGAAUAUUGAAUGGUCAGUUUGAGAUUGAUGGCUUGACUUAUAAAGUACCAGUAAAUCAUCCACCUUAUUGUAAUCAUGGUGGUUGGAAAGGAUUUGAUAAGUAUAUAUGGGACUAUCAAAUGAACGAGAAUUCGGUAACUUUCAGUCGAAUCAGUGAAGAUGGUGAGGAAGGAUUUCCCGGAAACUUGAAGAUUGAAGUAACCUAUGGACUAAAAGAAAACCACGAAAUUCACUUUGAUAUCACUGCAAGUACUGAUAAGCCAACAUUAAUCAAUAUCCUAAAUCAUUCAUACUUCAACUUAGCUGGACAGACGGAUAAAGAUAUUUUAGACCACGUAGCGCAAAUCACAGCGAAGAAAUAUCUCCAAUCAAACAUACAUAAUGGCCCUACAGGAGAAAUAAUUGAGGUUAAAGACAACAUCCCAUUUGAUUUCACAACUCCAAAAACAAUUGGCUGUGAUAUAAAGAAAUGCCCUAACGAAGGUUAUGAUCACAACUAUUGCGUUAACAGUCCAGGUGACAUUAAUCAACUACAGGUCAGAGUAGUUGAUCCAAAAUCUGGACGUGGAAUAGAAGUGUACACCACCCAACCAGGGGUACAGCUUUAUACAGCGAACGGUUUUGAUGGCAAACUUGCAGGAAAACUUGGGAUAGCUUAUCCUAAAUACGGGUUUUGCUUAGAGACACAAAACUGGCCUGAUGCUAUACAUCACGAAAAUUUCCCCAAUUCGAUUCUACGACCUGGAGAGACCUACCAUCACAAAACUAUAUACAAGUUGAUCGUUAUCUAACAAAAUGCUUUCUCAUUUAAACUCGUAUUAAGAGCAACUUUUCGAACAAGAGGAGUAUCGUUGUUGAUUUUAUUGAUUUGAAUAAAAUAAUACGUCGUUAAAGAGUUAAUAAAAGGAUUUAAGGAAUGUAAAUUUAAAAGUAAAGCAAAAUAGUAUUCUCUUUUUCAUUUA